CUGUUAAUAAUGUCAAUGGUGUCCUGCUGGGGUACAAGGUCACAUACAGGACAGUUUCUGAAUGGGAUGAAAUUAAACAACAAUAUUUUAAUGUCCAGAGGCUUCAUCUCAGUCUGAAUCUUCCACUGAAGAAUGCAAAAUGGAGUUAGUUGGGCUUCAAAAAUAUUGUAACUAUAGCAUGGAAGUGAGAGCUUACACCAGAGUGGGGGAUGGUGUUUCAAGCAGACCUGUCUUCUGUAGAACACAGGAGGAUGGUAUGAAAUGUUCCCUGAUAAGCCUGAAGACAUUAAAGCACUGGCUGCUAAUGCAAAAACAUUGCUAGUUUCUUGGAAAAAGCCAAAAUCUCCAAAUGGAAUAAUAAAAAGAUACAAUUUGUACAUGAGGUCCCUGGAUGGUGCACAUCUGUUGAAAGAAGAAUAUGAAAUACCUCCAAGCCAGACACACUACUUUGUGUCACAUCUUGUUUCACACCAUCGAUAUGAAUUCUGGGUGACUGCAGCCACAAUGGUUGGGGAGAGCCAACCCAGUCUGCAUGUGAUACAGGCACCAUCAGAGCAAGUGCCAGCAAAGAUUGCCUCAUUUGGUGACCAUGUGGUGGGUGCCAGAGGGGAAGAACUUGCCCUGCCAUGCCUUACUGUUGGGCUUCCUCAGCCCACAAUAAUAUGGAAGAAGGGGGGGAAAAAUAUCCAGGAAAAUGGUCAGAUUCGCAUCAACACAGAAUGGACUCUUCACAUGAUGUCACUACAAACAACAGAUGCAGGAAAUUAUUCUUGUAGAGUAGAAAACGUACUGGGAACUGAUGAAAUAACAUACACUGUCACAGUGAAAACCCGAAGGAGUCAUGGUGCCCCACUUGCUCCAGUUGAUUUUAAAGUGUCUUCUGCUACGGAAACCAGCAUGUUACUUCAGUGGACAACACCCGGCAAUAGUAUAUAUGUGCCCGAAGGUUAUAGCUUACAUUUCAAACGAGAAUUUGGUGAAUGGGAAAAAAUGAUUCUGCAUGCUGAAGACAACCACUUUAAUCUAGAGAACCUCCAGUGUGGCUCAAAGUAUCAGCUUUAUAUUCAGGCUUUCAAUCAAGCUGGACACAGCAACCCCACAGAUACUCUGUUUGCUUACACACAAGGAAAAGCUCCAGUUGCUCCAAACAAAGAUGAAUUUUUGGUAAUAAAUUCUACUUUUAUACAUCUAAAUGUAAGGACAUGGGACACUGGAGGAUGUCCUAUAACAACACUGGUAGUAGAAUAUAAACUGAAAUCUGACAAGAAAUGGACACUCGUCACGAAUAAUUUGAAGUACACAGAAGAGAAAUUUUCUAUUCUUGAUCUUAAUCCUGAGACAGAGUACCAGCUGCGAAUUACUGCGCACAAUAGUGCAGGCUCAACUGUAUCCCUAUAUGAUUUCAUAACAUCUUUCAGUGCCGGAGAAAUUGUUCAACCAGAGCUCAUUAGACAUAGAGGUUAUAGGAGUAAGAAUUUCUAUAAAGAACUUGGCGCCAUAAUUCCCAUCACUGUUGUUGCAUUAACUGGGAUUAUUUGUGGAAUAGGAAUGGUGCUGUAUUUUAGACGAAGGAAACAGAAUAACACAGGUGUCAAGUGUGAAGGCAUGAAUGUUCACGAUACAACUGCCACACCUGAAAACAAAGGAGAUUACUUGAGUAGUGACAUCCCACUGGACCAGAAGUCCGGACACUCUUCUGUGAUGCCAGAGAUAACUGCAAAAGUCAACCCAUAUGCCACAUUUAGACUAACAGAUGAAGAGAAAAUGGAUUCCUUGAUACCUGAUUAUGAAAGUUGCAGUGAAUACAUGAAGAUAAAGAAGAAAGUGGAGAGUGAAGCUGAGGACGUUGACUGGAUACCACUGCACAGUCUUUACCAGGCUCACAGAUACUGAGUUUCAAACAUUCACGAAUGAUAUGAAAUGUUGAGAUGAAAGCCGUUUAAAGACAGGAAACUAAGUGCCUUAUUCUCAUAACU